UUCACUGGUAUCAUUUUCUUUUUUUUUUUUUUUAAUCAACGAGCAGUCAUGAGUUAGCGUCCAACGUAUCUUUCGAAUUAUGGCCUUAAAGCUCAGGCCCGGAAGGUUUUGUUAAUCAAAUGAAGUUUGGAAAACUAUGAACAGAUUGAAAUACAGCGAAAACGUAUGGCAGGCCCACUUGAGGAGCUGAAUUUUAUUUGUGGUUAUUUUAAAUGGCAGAAUUUUUUAUUUUUUAUUUUUGGCUGACUCCCAUUCAACUCGUUUGAACGGGACCGGUUCACUCUGAACACAGCCACAUCCGAGUUAUGAGAGGGUGUGCACACUUUUGCAACCACCUUGUCCCCUGUUAUUCAUUUUCACUUCACCUCUAGAAAACAUUUGGAAAAGAAAGACACUUGAGUUCUGACGGUUAUUUCUGUGGAGCCUAUUACAAAAAUCUCAAAAGGGGGGUGUGGAAUUUGAUCAAUGUUACCGUUUCUGCUAUUUGUUACAGUUUUCGUUUAAUUAUUAGUCGCGGAAAGACGCACAUCAAACAAAAGCCAAGGAUGGAGGAGCCUCCAUCCAACAGAGCCUCUUGCCAUUCACAAGCAUUUGAUGAGUCGGCCGAGGGGGGAACCUCGCACACAGAGUGGGUGGGAAGUCAACUGAACUGAGCUGAGCUGAGGUGAGGGAGCCCAAGCGGAUAAAGAGACGAGUCGGGGGUGGGGGGGGAGCCCGAGUGACUGCCGCAAAGCUUACCACGGGACCCGUUGUCAUCAUCAUGAGCUUCCGAGUGCUGCUGCUGUCCUUCCUCCUUGCGUCCGUCAGCUGGUCCAGAGGAGCCGUCAUCACAGGAGCUUGCGAGCGCGACAUGCAGUGCGGCUUGGGUCUGUGCUGCGCCGUCAGUCUGUGGCUGAGGGGCCUGAGGAUGUGCGUCCCGAGGGGCACGGAAGGCGACCUUUGUCACCCGCUGAGCCACAAGGUGCCCUACCCCGGCAAAAGGCAGCACCACACCUGCCCCUGCCUCCCGCACUUGGUGUGCACCCGCUACGCCGGAAGCAAGUACAGAUGCACCCAAGAUUACAAGAACAUAGACUUUCAAUAAAAAGGGCCAGAUGAAUCACUUUCGCGACUUCCGGGGAUGAAAAACUACACCGCCGCGACGGGCAAAGGGUGAACCGUAUGUCUAUUUUCCAAAAACUAAAUGUUGCGUCAGUAGCGCGUGCCACCGCGAAGCAAGGGGGACGCGCACCAAAAACAGGCUACGAAAGGGACGUCGGGCACUUUCAAGCCUUUUUUUGGACGGCUCGUUAAUGUAUGUAUUGUAGUGUAUGACGUUACUUUGUCAUAGGACGCGACAACAUUGAGGGGUUCGUAGUUUUCAACUUACACUGUUCUUGCCAAUAAAAGAUGUCUUGAUUGACACGGCGA